AUGUCUACGAAACCGGAGAAGAGGUUGGCUGAUUGCCUUACAAAGCGAAAGGCGUUGCUGGUUAUCCAAGAGUCCGUAGAGAAGUUCAUAAAGCAGUAUGACAACGAGAAUGACGUGUACCAAAUUCCGAUUCGACUUGAGGCGUUAGACAGAAUUUAUACCGAAUUCCAAGAUCUGCAGGCGGACAUUGAGAAGUACGAUGACGCUGAAAAAUUGGAGGAGCGUAUGGAAGAGCGAGCAGUUUUCGAAUCGAGAUUUUGCUCCGCAAAGGGGUUUCUACUGAUGAAGCGUUCCACAGAUCCGAACCAGUCAACAGUGUUGAAUACAUCACUAACAGCCAACAAUCAACCAGCAUCGACUAGUUUCCAUCUACGGUUGCCAAAAAUUGAUCUUCCAAGAUUUGACGGUGAUUUCUCUCGAUGGCUUUCCUUCCGUGACACGUUCACUUCCAUGGUCCAUUCCAAUGCGGACAUUCCGACAGUAGCAAAGCUACAGUACCUUCUACAAUCCUUGGAAGGAGAAGCUCAUAAGCCGUUUGAGUCAAUCAAUAUAGAAGCGGACAACUAUGCACUCACCUGGGAUACUUUACUGAAGCGCUACGACAAUAAACGGUAUUUGAAGCGACAAUUAUUCCGAGCCCUUUAUGAUAUCCCACCACUGAAGAGAGAAUCCCCAAAGGAGUUACACGAUUUAGUAGACGAUUAUCAGCGACAUGUCAAGGCAUUGGCGAAGCUUAAGGAACCUGUCGGCUAUUGGGACACUCCGUUGAUCAAUCUGUUGAUUUAUAAGCUGGAUCCUACAACCCUCCGAGCCUGGGAGGAAAAGACUAGCAGUAGUGACGACGUCACGUACGAGCAGCUAGUAGACUUCCUGUAUCAACGGGUCCGAAUGUUGAAGUCCGUCGUCACUGAUUUGAAUCAUCGUUCUACUCAACCCGGCCAAGUGAAGGUGGCCGGUCCCACACAAACCCAGAAGAAACCAUUCAAGAUGGUAUCCAAUUCCGCCACGGCUGAAAGCAAAUCCUAUACUCCGAAUUGUAUUGCGUGUCCGGAGAGCCAUUUCCUUUUCCAAUGUCCAGCAUUUUCCAAGAUGUCCGUUCACCAGCGUCGAGAGCUGGUAUCCCAGAAGCGCCUAUGCUGGAACUGUUUCCGCUCUGGACACCAAAGUCGGAAUUGUACAUCCAAGUAUAACUGCCGUAAUUGCCACCAGAAACAUCAUACCUUACUGCACGAAACUGUAGAACCGAAGGUUCAAUCCACAUCAGUUGUCGUUUCUGGUCAUCCAACCCAACAACCGAUUCCAUCCACGUCUAGUGCCGCUAAGACCCCCAGAUCAGAGAAUUCCAACACCCAAAUAAGCUUGUCGGUACAAUCGUGUCAAUCCACUGUCCUGUUGGAAACUGUCAACCUCCUAGUUAUGGACCAGAACGGAAGGGAGCAUUCCGCUCGCGCCCUUUUAGAUUCGGGCUCCAUGUGCAGUUUCAUUACGAAGAAAUUGGCCAAUACACUCAACCUCCGUCGUACGAAAGUAGACAUCGCCGUGUCAGGAAUCGGAGAAACGUCGAAGCAGAUCAAACGCAAAUUGACAGCUACUAUCAAAUCCAAGCUGCUUUCGUACAGUACCACACUCGAUUUCCUAAUCCUGAAAAAACCUACAGUUUGCCUACCAACUACAGCAAUUGAUGUGUCAUCGUGGAAGUUUCCUGAAGUUACGUUAGCCGAUCCAUACUUCCACAUUCCAGCCGACAUUGACAUGAUUGUCGGUGGGGAAAUCUACCACGACUUGCACACUGGCAACAAGGUAUUGUUCGGCGAAGGACAACCUGUAUUCGUCGAGACCGCUUUCGGAUGGACUGUCACAGGAAAGGUAUCAAUCCAAUCAUCCGAAAUCCCCCGAGUAUGUCACCUCACCACUGUGGACCGAAACUUGGAACAAGCUCUCCAGAAAUUCUGGGAGUUAGAAGCUGUCGAACCGUGUUCUAAGUUCACAACCGAAGAAAAUCUCUGUGAAGAACUGUAUGCCACUACCACCACUCGCGAUUCGUCGGGUCGUUACGUUGUAUCCUUGCCACUCACCCGCGAUCCGCUCGUCACUCUCGGUAAUUCACGUACCAUUGCCGAACGUUGCUUGUUAAACCUCGAAAGACGUUUUAAGCGAGAUCCAACCACCAAAGAGGCCUACUGUCGCUUCAUGGAAGAAUACGAACGCCUAAACCACAUGGUGAAACUCGUGGAUCCAGUAGACGAAACCCAGCCACACUGCUACCUGCCUCACCAUCCGGUGUUCAAAGAGUCCAGCACUACCACGAAGAUUCGAGUCGUCUACAACGCGUCUUGCAAGACCUCGUCUGGAUUCUCUGUGAACGACUUACAGUUAGUUGGACCCGUCGUUCAAGAAGAUCUACUGUCGAUCCACAUCCGAUUCCGCAUCCACCAGAUUGCAUUCGUUGCCGACGUGGAGAAAAUGUACCGGCAAAUCCUGCUGAACCCCUCGUGUCGCCGGUAUCAACUUAUCCUCUGGCGUCCCAACCCAGAUCAACCGAUCGCAACGUACGAAUUACAAACCGUAACGUACGGUUUCGCGUCAGCUCCAUUCUUGGCAACCCGUACACUCCAACAAAUUGCGCUGGACGCAGCCGUAACAUAUCCAGCCGCAGCCGCGGCAGCUCAGAGAGACUUCUAUGUGGAUGACUUCCUGUCUGGUGCCGACACUGUUGAAUCCGCAAUCCGCAUCCGCCGUGAGAUGUCCGCCAUGCUAUCAGCCGCAGGCUUUCCACUGAAGAAAUGGGCUUCAAAUUCUCCUGAAGUCCUAGCCGAUAUCCCCACAGAAGACCGUGCCUUUGCGGAUUACCAUGAUCUUCAGGAUGAUCAAUCCGUAUCCACUCUCGGACUCAUCUGGGACCCGAGAUCCGAUGUGAUGAGCUUCAAGGUUCAACUUCCAUUGCCAGCACCAACUCUAACAAAACGGAAGAUUAUGUCGUACGUAGCGCAGAUAUUUGACCCACUUGGCCUGGUGGGACCAGUAAUAGUAAUCGCGAAGCUCUUUAUGCAGCGCUUAUGGUCGCUGAAGACCGAUGAAGGAGAUUCCUACGAAUGGGAUCGUCCUCUACCUCCAUCUCUCCAAACCGAGUGGAAAGAAUUCCACGGAACACUUGAUACCAUCGCCACUCUCCGAAUUCCACGUUGUGUAUCCUUGGCUAACGCAACCUCAUUCCAACUCCACUUCUUUUCCGAUGCCUCACAGAGAGCAUACGGAGUAUGCUGCUACGUUCGCUCAGAAUGCGCCGAGAGCGUUCAUGUCCAGUUACUGACGUCCAAGUCCAAGGUUGCUCCGUUAGCUAAGUCACAAACAAUCGCACGUCUGGAGUUGUGUGGGGCCGUAUUAGCAGCCAAUGUUUAUAAGAAAGUAAUCCAAGCUCUUCCACGACCCGCUGAAGUUUUCUGCUGGACAGACUCGUCCACUGUACUACACUGGUUAGACUCCCCGCCAUCCCGAUGGAAACCAUUCGUAGCUAACCGGGUAGCUAUGAUCCAGGAAACUACCGAAUCCUGUCAUUGGAACCAUGUUCUAGGAACCUCCAAUCCAGCUGAUCCUCUUUCCCGUGGUGUCAAUCCGGUCGACAUCGAACAACAUUCGCUUUGGUGGAAUGGUCCGGACUGGCUAUCCCUGCCACCAUCUCAGUGGCCCGUGAGCGAGUUGCCAUCGCUCGACCCUUGCUGGAUGUCAGAAGCCAAACCCAAAGUAGCUAUGAUCGCUACUGUCGACUCAACGUUCUCCGAUCCACUAUUCAGCCGAUUUUCCAGCUUUAACAAGCUUCGUCGAUGUAUUGCAUAUUGGAUGCGAUAUUUUCGUGCUUUGAAAGCAGCCUCCAAGAAGACCACCAUCGUACCUUUUGAAUAUUUGACCACUGCUGACUUCCGUGAAGCAGAUAUCGCCCUUUGCCGACUAGCCCAGCGUGAAUCGUUUCCAAAGGAAAUUUCCAAUCUUCUCUCCGGCGAUAGAGUUGCAACGUCAUCGCCAUUGAAAUGGUUGAAACCGAAGAUCAGCGUAGAAGGCAUCAUCCGAGUCGGUGGGAGACUCGGCAACGCCGCUGUUUCCGAAGAUGCCAAAUUUCCAAUUCUCCUUUCGUCAAAACAUCCGCUAGCGAUUCUGCUGGUCAAGUACUACCAUCAUACCCUGCUGCAUGCUGGUCCCCAACUAAUGCUUGCCACAAUUGGCCAGAAGUUCUGGAUCAUUGGUGGCCGAAACUUAGUUCGUCGCAUAUACCACCAGUGCCAUACGUGCUUCCGUAGUAAACCCGUCUUGGUGCAGCAGAGUAUCGCCGAUCUACCAACGUCAAGAGUCACACCAACAAGACCGUUCGCCGUAUGCGGGAUAGACUAUUGUGGUCCCGUGUAUAUCAAGUCUCCGAUACGCAACCGAGCCCCAACAAAGGCAUACAUCGCUAUUUUUGUAUGUUUUGCAGUCCGUGCCGUGCACAUCGAGCUGGUUUCCGACCUAUCUACGGCGGCUUUCUUAGCCGCACUCCGCCGUUUCGUCGCCCGACGUGGAUGGAUGAGUGAAAUCCACAGCGACAACGGUACUGCCUUUAAAGGUGCAGCAAACGAGCUGCACAGAAUCUACGAGAUGCUGAAAUCCAACGAAACGGAUCGGAAACAAAUCCUCGACUGGUGCGCGGAACAUGAAAUUGUUUGGCGUUUCAUCCCUCCACGAGCACCGCACUUUGGCGGGCUGUGGGAGGCCGCCGUUAAAUCAGCCAAGAACCACUUAUUACGCGAAAUUGGCACAGUCAACGUAACCUAUGAGGACAUGGUCACUCUAUUAGCCCAAGUGGAAAUGUGCCUGAAUUCCAGGCCCCUGGUUCCAAUUCCCACCGAUCCGUCAGACCUGAAGGUAUUAACGCCAGGACACUUCCUGAUCGGAACCAGUUUCCAAGCCGUCCCAGAUAUCAACUUAAGCGACAUCCAGGACAACCGUCUAACUCAUUUCGAGCUCACACAGAAGCGAUUCCAGCGAAUCUGGUCCAGGUGGGCACCAGAAUAUCUCCAGCAACUACAGUCGCGAGCGACCAAGUCCAGCUCUCCCGUCACAAUCACACCAGGCGCUGUUGUGGUGAUAAAGGACGAUAACCUGCCACCAAUCCAGUGGCCGCUCGGAAGGAUCACCAAGGUGCAUCCGGGCAAGGACGGCGUGGUACGCGUCGUCACCCUAAGAACUGCAACCACCGAAGCUGUCGUCCGACCGGUUGCAAAGAUUGCGCUGCUGCCGAUGCAGGAGCAUCUAGAAUCCGUAAAUGACCAGGUAGAGCACGCCAAAAUUGCUCGAGGCCUUCGUGGGAAUCAAGCAGGUAAUUGCGGUUCCAAUACCUUACAGUAA